GGGAGAUGUCUUUGUGUAAACGGUAGCUGUCGUUCUCUCCUGUAAGCGGCUCCUUAUUGGCCAACCAGAAUCCCCCCUGUGUGAAGGAAGUAUCACCAGGGAAACUUCGUCUCGCUGCCUCUGUGCAUGUUUUCCUCCUUGCCAGGGUUAUUUUUAAAUACCAUUCGGCUUCCUGCUCAGACUAAAGACUACAAGCCACAGCAUCCCAUUUUUGUUGUUUUCAGGAUUUGCCAGUUCACAAAUCAAGAAAAAGCCGCAGCAAUGUUCUCCUCUUCUCCUCUCCCACAGUUACAUUGCAAGCUCUUUGCAAAAAUGGGGGACGACCGACCUUUUGUGUGCAAUGCUCCUGGCUGUGGACAGAGGUUUACCAAUGAGGACCACUUGGCUGUACACAAACACAAGCACGAGAUGACAUUGAAAUUUGGACCAGCCAGGACAGACUCUGUCAUUAUUGCAGACCAGACACCUACUCCCACCCGCUUCCUAAAGAACUGCGAGGAGGUUGGUCUGUUCAAUGAGCUGGCCAGCUCCUUCGAACAAGACGACGAUGACAAGAGAGCAAAGAACUCUCUUCCUGCACCCAACUCUGUGGCUUUGGACAUGAGCCUGCAGACGACAUCGGACGUGAAGGUGAAAAAAGAAGCACCUGUAGAGGUCGACUCCUCGCCACCAGAGAGCCCUGAAUCUAUCUCUGGAAGGUCAGACAGCAGCAGAGAGCUUCUGGUUAGAGGAAAGGACACACCACCCAGGAGUUCAGCCCCCACCCCGACUAUUGUGCGUCCAGGUUCCCUCCCACUACACUUGGGCUUUGAUGCCCUUCAGCCUACCAUGCCAUCACCCACCUCUGUCAUCACACAGGCACCACCUUCCAAUCGUACUCUGGGUUCACCAACCAGCCACUACCCAAUGAUGAUGCUUCCCUCUGGUCAGGCAGUGCCUGUGCUCCCUGGUCCAGUACAGAGUGUCAUUAAUCUGGCCCGACCUAUGUGCAUGGUACCCAACAUUCCUGGGAUCCCCGGUCCUCCUCUGGGAGGCAGCAGCAGCGGCUCUAACUCUCCCUCUGGCUACAGCAUGCACUCAGAGGCCAAGAUGCGUCUAAAGGCUGCACUGUCCCAGCAGAGUCCGUCAGGACAUAGUAUGGGAAUCAUGGCCAUGGGCAGCAGCCCCAUGGUACCUCAAAGGGCAGAGCAGAGCCAGCUGCUUGUCCAACAGCCAGAUGCUCCAUCACCUGCACAACCUCAGGUAUCUCCAGCACAGCCUACAGGUGGGCGUCGGCGGCGGACAGUAGACGAUGACCCAGAUGAGCGAAGGCAGCGUUUUCUCGAGAGGAAUCGGGCCGCAGCAUCGCGCUGCAGACAGAAACGCAAACUUUGGGUCAGUUCCCUAGAGAAGAAGGCUGAGGAGCUCUGCAACCUGAACGUCUCACUGUCGAAUGAAGUGUCUCUGUUGCGGAACGAGGUGGCUCAUUUGAAGCAGCUGCUGCUGGCCCACAAGGACUGUCCUGUGACCAACCUACAGAAAAAGACUGCCUACUUAGCUGCAGAGGAGAGCAUGAAAGACACCUCAGAGCCCACAGGUUCCCCUGCCCCGGUUAUCCAACACAGCUCUUUGGCGCCCAGCCCCUCUGCAGGGCACAACGGCCUGAGCUCAAGGGCAGCAGCUGAGGCCAUGGCUAUGUCUGUGCUGGCAGGAAUGGGCCAGCACCAGAGGGCUGAGAGUGGACCCUCUCACAUUAUCAUGGCUUCACAGUCUCAAUCUGCUGCCAGAUGAUGAGCGAUGCCACCACGGCCCAGAAUUGGCUCACACUCGUCACCCAGGGGUAGAAAAGAGCAGUGGACACCCCCCCGCCCCAGGAGUCCAAAUUUCUCAUCCUCCCCUUCCCCCUUUGCCGUGCUCCUCUGCUCUCUCUGACCCUCCUGUAGAGCCAUCAUGCUGUGGCCUGGAGCUCAGCAGCAGCCUUCUGGGAAUGGACUGAGACUUUUGAGCGAGCUUCCUGUUCACUUUGCCAUAGACUACAGGGGCUGGACUCCAACCUCCCAUCCUCGUUUCCCCUCUGUGCUUCCCAGCUCAACUCUCCUCACCCUCAGUCAAAACGACUCUUCACUGGACUGUAGGACUGCAUCGCUCCGAGUGUACUGCCGUAAUGAACUUCCCAUGUGGACACGCACCACACAUUGUGCACAGUUUUUAACACACAGGUGUUGCAUAAACAUUCUUGAUCAAAUCAGAUACCAAACAACACACAGGGCUUUACACUGUUUUCAGCAGGGAAUAGUGCCUUGUGCUCCUCGACUUUUUAGCCUUGCACACACCUACGCAUGCCAUCACAGCAUACGUCCCUAUACAUCCUUGGCUCCAAAGAUGCAGUAGUUGUCUAGACGUCAGUGACUCACAUCUCAAAUAUUUGCCGUAAAACCUUUUUGUAAAUUGUUCCACCUCAAGGUGAUCUCAACAUGGACCCAAAAACCUUACCUCAUUUAAACCCCUUUAUGAUAAAAUUGAUUAGUGUGUGUGAUUGGCUCUGUGUGUGUAUAUUUAUGUACAUCAGAACAUAGCAGUUUGCCUUCUCCUGGUCUGAUACGUUAAUAGCUGGAUUGUUAGCAUGUGACUUUUUCUAUUCGGGUGUUAUGUUCCAGAUACAGUAUGUGCAGCUAUAUCUUUUUAAUCAAUUGGCACAUCCUCCCACAUUAGUCAACAGAACCAAAAUACAUUGGGUUGAGUGUAUUAUCUUAAAAUGAGUUUGUUUGAGCAAUAGCUUUUUCUCACCUGAAGGGAAUUCAACUCCUCCCCUCCUCCUGACUUUCCUCUAAAACAGGCAGUUUUGCUGUUAAUUGGUUUGUAAGUGGUUGCCUUUUCCAAUUUAUAUGAUAUUCUAGUGACUGUGUGGGCUUGGGACUUACUGUAACUGUUAUUUUCACACUUCUCAGGAUGGUUGCACAUCCUUGCUGCUUGUUGGAAGUGCGAUGAACCCCUUAGUCUCUUUGCUCUUUACCAAACCUAAACUAAGCCAUAAUGACAACGAAUCAGAUCUCUAAAUCUCCAAAGACCACCUGGUACUUGUUCUGGGGCAGGAGGUAAACAGCCUGACUGUUAUUUUGUGAUUCAGAGGUCACAGUGACACAAUCUAGAGUAUAUCACUGCUUGUUACUUGCACUUGCUUGUUACACACACAAUGUCUAAUAAUUUUGCCUUAAGAUCACAUUGGUGCCUCCGAUAUCCCCACGUAAACAUACACAGAUUUGCUUGUGAAAAUCGAUGGAGCCUUAGAAAAAUAUACAGUAUUUGUCUUCAUUUGUUCAUUUUAUUGAAUAAAAAAAACAACCACCGAGGAACAAAAGAUUUACUGGUUCCUCAAAGCCUUUAAAAUGAAUGGUUAAUUCUCUUUUCAGCAACUAAAAUGAUACAGCACGUCUGUCAUCUGGUGGAGAGACACAGCAAAGACAUCUUCACUGGUGAAAGGUUUGUGGGAGGAAAAGUUAAGAUAUCUUGUGACUGUUUCUGAAUGGCUCCAGUUUCUUUAGAAAUCCCACCCAAGAUAUUUUAACCAAGAUAUAAAUAUAUUUUUACAGAAACACCUAAACAAGCGGUUUGCUUCUCUUGUUUUUCCUGUAUAUUCCCCCCCUUUUGUCUGAUAUGAUAUAUUUGCAAGAUGUGAUAUUUCAAAAACAAGAUAUCUGUCCAUUAACACAAGGGCAUGUCUUUAUGCACUAAAAUAAUGCAAGUUUAUUGUUGCUUUGUAUUUCUGUUCAUUUUAAGUUUUUGUAGUUCUCUUGUUCUCAUGGUCUUUUCAGAAAUAUCAGAUCCCUUUUUUAAUGAGAUUUUCUCCUCUCUGUACUGUAUCCGUAAAUGGGAAAUUUUAUUUUCAGCAACUUUAAUACCUUUCACCUUUGACUGAACCUCCUGUCCUACAGUCCCAAUGGCGACCCCCCGGCAUUUUGUUGUACGUUGGAGCCGGCACUAUAUUUGGCCGGCAGUCCCUUAUAGACGAUUGUUCGUAUGAAAUGAAAAUUCAAACUAUAUUUAGCUUUCAUGUUUUCAUGUAAUUCAUGUCAUUGGCACCUUUUUCUGUCAUUUCUCGUUUUAUUUUUUUGUGUGCUAUAUUCAGCACAAGACAACCUUUGUCAUAACGCUUCUGAUUGUACUGAUGAAUAUAGAAACUAAUUUCUUUAACAGAUUUCUUUUUUUGUUGUUCUCUACAGAAAAAUGCCAUUAGUCCCUUUUUCAGACAGAUUAUAUCCCCUUUGUUAUAUCUCUUCAGAUGAAUUUGGUAAGGUCUUUUGACUGCCCUUGUCUAACUUAUUUUUUUAAUUGGUCAACUAACAAUCGUCAUUAUGGUCUUUGGCAUAUUAAUGUUGUGAAAAGAGCAAUUUAAUGAAAAAUGCAACAAUGUGAAAGUUGCACAUAGUGUAUUAAUGGUUUUUCACACUCCCAUUGUUGGACUGAUGAUUUCAAAAAUUGUCCUUGUACUGUACAUAUCUGUACUAUAUGAAUAUAUUUACUUUUCCAUGCAUGUCCAAGUGGAAUACUAUGAACACUUACAGUGCUGCAGUUUUAAUUAAAGAAACUACAUCUUAAUGAA